UAUUGUGGUAUAAAUGUGCUUCUCCUGUUAGUGUUGAUGGUUUGUCUUUGCAGUGAAAUAUGGAUUUUAAUUGUAGUUCUGAUGCUUUGUUUUCGGAUAUUAAACCAGAAAUAGCUUACUAUACAUCUUAUUAUGAGACUUGCGAUAAUGUUCAUGAAACGGACUCUUUAAAUUCAAGUUUUAGUGACUGUACUACCAAAAGUCAGUGUAGUGAAGGCCUAUCUUGUUCUUCCAAAGAACAGUUGUCAAGAUUUGAAAAUAAAAGGGGAAGGCCAAAGGCUGCGGUCAUUGGAAAUUUAAUGAUCGAAGGUUCCAAUUCAGUUAGUGAUAUAAAAUGCAAGUUUUGUUGCCGAGUUUUUCCUAGGGAGAAAUCGCUACAGGCUCAUUUAAGGACUCACACAGGGGAAAGGCCGUAUACUUGUGACUAUCCAGGGUGCUCAAAGGCAUUUACUCAAAGUGGACAGCUGAAAACCCAUCAAAGGCUACACACUGGUGAAAAACCAUUUGUGUGCUCAUUCGCUGGAGAGAACUCAGGAAACUGGGCAUGUUGCAGGUGUGGUAUGAGGUUUACUCAUGCAAACCGUCGCUGUCAAGAGCACCCAUUCCUGCCUCUUUCCCGCAGUGACACGUCAGUGUUGCGGCCUGUUGAGACAAACCCCUUCCAAUCAGUUGCCAUAAAAGAGUGGCUGGAGAGGUACAAAAAAGAAAAAAAGGAACAGCAACCAAUGAAGCAAACAGAAAAUGGUAAAACUGGAGUUGAUGAAGUGGAAAACAAUAUUCAUUGCACACCUCCAAAAAAGAAAAGAGCAAUUAAAAAUCUACUGAAAAUGGAAGAUAAGUGCAAAUCUCCUUUAAAAAGCUUGUAUUCAGAAACCAGUCAGUGGCCAGUGCGAGUAUCCCCACAAUGUUCAACUACACCUGAAACCCCAAAACCCACAAAAGAUAAUUUGCUUGAAAUGAAACAAGAACUUCCCAAGAAACGGUGGUUGCGAGCAGCUAAAAUGGAGGAAAUUAUGGACUCUUGUCGUUCAUUAAACCAGACAAGGCCAACCGUUUUGGUGAGAGCAGAUCCUAGGCCCAUGUCCCCACCAUGGACACCGUCGACUCCUACUCCUGAACUGACUCCUUCCUACACCAGUACUCCCAAGAUGCCUGCUGUCAUGCCUCAGCGAUGUAUCAGUCUUAUUACACCACCUGACUCCUCCCGUAAAUCACAAACGAUAGAACAAGAACUUUCUUUUACUACUCUACAUAGAUUAGAUGAGGAGCUUGCUUGUCCUCUCCCGUGUGAAGAUGACACAAAUUUCAGUUAUCCCUUGAAUCUAUCACAAAACCCAUCUUCCUCUAUCUUGUUUGGAUAAGUCACAGUAUUCCUAGUCAUAAGUUCAAUAUAUCUUCAGAGUUCUUUCUCCAUUUUUCUGUUAUGGUAUUUUCUUAAUGUAUAUCUAUUGUUCCAAAAUGUUAUAUGUAAUUAAUAUGAAAAAAUGUAUGAAAACAAAAACUAGUCCUAAAAUUGAACAUAAUCUAUACAAUAAAUGUAUGUUUAUAGAAUUGUAA